CUCUUUAACAAUGCUUGAUCUAAGCGACUGCAACCCAUCGAAUGAAGCAAUCCCCAGUGAUCUUAGUGGCCUAUCCUCAGUACUGUCUCUUGAUCUCAGUGGCAAUAAUUUUUCGAGCAUAGCAGAUCGUAUCUGGCAACUUUCGCACCUCGAAGAACUUUCCUUGAGAAAUUGUAGUAUGCUUCAAUCAUUGCCAACACUUCCAUCAAGACUAUCGUAUGUAUGGGCUCACGGCUGUACUUCGUUGGAGAUGUGUUUUGAUGAAACUUCAGGUGCAGCAGGCUCUAUUGUUGAUUACUCUGCACCAGCUGAGCAUGAAGUUAAAAGAUGUGAUAUUUUUCGAAAGUUGACAAAAGCACAAUUUGGAAGAGCCCUUGAGGCAGAAAUGUGCAAAGGGAUUGGCAAUUUUUUUGUCAAUUAUUAUUCUUUGCUAACUCCUGAAAUACCAGAGUGGUUUGCCAUUCAGCAUGCUGAAUCCUCAGAAAGAAUCCUGUUGCAUCUCAAAUCAGAUGAUAAUAGUAAGUGGUCAGUAUAUUCCAUGUUUAUUGUAUAUGAAGUCCGCGAGCAUGAAAAUUCAAAUUCUAGGACUUCCAAUUUGAAAGAGUGUCAACAAGUUUGUUGUCAUUUCCGGACUGAUGAAGGUUGUCUGCAAAUCUUAGACUUUCCGUUACUGCAAGUCUAUGGUGUACGUGCUGUUAAGCUAAUUGGAAUUUUAGUAUAUGUAUCCUGUGCGUGGUUUUCAAAGGUUGCAAAUAAUGUUGAUAAAUGGAGCUUUAUUGAAGCUUCAUUUACAACCGGAUGCCUGGGCAGGAAGGCGAAAAAGUUUGGGGUGCGUUUGCUAAAUGAGCAAGAAGUUUUGGAGCUCAUUGAAGAAGUACGAGCAGAGUCUGGGUAAUGUACUGUGGCAGCCACUUAAGCUAUUAGGUACGAACUUGUUGAACUUGCUACAAGUGUUGCCGAGGCAGAUUAUACUCUUCGAAGGAUUCUAAUUCCAAUGGCAUCCUUUUCCACAUUCCCCGAUUAUUGCGGAAAAAGUUUCUAGAGUUGACUUGAUCAUUCUGCCCAAAUCAAACUUUCAGGAAUUGCUUUCAAAACUCUUUGCGGUUCUUCUCUCUAGCUGAACGCUAUAUGACCAUGCCCAAAACAAAAUUUUCAAAUCUAGUUUUCCUCAAAGCGCAUCAAGAAUAUUGCCAUCCAUGGUUCAUUACUCAUAUAUAUAUAGUUUUAAGGAUGUUGCAAGCAUCUAUAUGCAUGCCUCCGUUGUCUGUAUGUUGAGAAGUCUUUGAUUAAUGAAUUGUCUUUACAUGCUUCUUGUGUUGUCAGCCGAUUCUUUCUGGUACGAAUUCUCACUAAAAAAAAAUAUUCAUAACUUCUAGUGUCUUGGACACUACACAGGAAUUAUAAAAAGAUGGGCUUCAACCUCUUGUAGUAUUUCCCCUCAUCAAUAGCUUGGUUUGGAUGGAUGAAGCAGGAUGAGCACUUGUUUGGGCUAUUUGUCAAAGUUGCCUGUUUCUGGUGCACUUUAGCUUGGCAAGGUGGUGGUAGUCAGGUGAGGAAGAGGAUAUUGGAUAUUGCCAUGACUGAGUUGUGACCGGGUUAUUCUGCUACCCCAUAGGAAUGAUUGUGUAUUGACAUGGCUGCUGCAUAAUUAAUGGAUUGGAAGGGUAGUGCUGGCAAAGUUCUGGUUCAUGGAAGGCAAUAUUCUUCUUUUUUCUUUUGUUAAUUCUAGUUUGGUAGUUCAGGCUCUAGGAGCUAUUAAUUUCAGUUUAUGGAAGGGUAGACUGGGUAGUACUCUAGUUUUCUGGACGCAAUCGUUUUGAUCAAUAGACAUUUUAGAAAAAUUUUAUUUGCA